AUGCCAAUCUCACUUGUUGGGCGCGUUGUCAAGUCUGGAUUCAUGAACAAGACUGUCACAGUCUCUGUCGAUCGCUGGGCGACGCAUCCACGAACGCACAAGACGAUCAAACGAACAACCAAGGUCCUUACACAUGACCCAAGGAAUGUCCUGCGUACGGAAGACGUUGUGCGGAUUCGGUCCUGCACGCGGAAAUCAAAGCGGAAACAGCACGAGCUCGAGGUCAUCCUUCAACGUGGAUGGGACGGACAACAGUUUGACAAGGCGAACCCUGGUCGUGCUCCACCCAUCGCUGUGACCCAACGCGCGCUCCAGUUGAUGCGAGCGGAAAAUGCCAAGCUGAAAGAGCAACUGGGGAAGGAGGAAGUAUCGGAACCCAUGCAAGAGAGUGAAAUACAAGGGCUAGCAACGCCGGUGAAUAUUUCUGGUCACACAGAAGUUUUGUCGAACCAUGCCGCGCCCGCGUCCUCUCCGUCCCAGGCAUGA